CUCCAGAGAUGGGGAGCCUGGGUCUUAACUUGACGGGAGAUUCUGUAGAAACGCAAUACUGUUUCCCACACCAGAAAGGAUCCUGCCCUCGAAGUCAAACACUGAUACUCAUCAAAGCAGCCAUGUACAUGUUCAUGGCUUUCACCAUUCUGAUGACUGUCUUUGGGAACCUGCUGGUCAUCAUCUCCAUCUCUCAUUUCAGACAGCUCCAUUCUCCAACAAACCUCAUCAUCCUCUCUUUAGCAUUCAUCGACUGGUUCUUGGGGACUUUCAUUAUGCCAUAUAGCAUGAUCAGAUCUGUGGAAAACUGCUGGUAUUUUGGAGAAACAUUUUGUAAGAUACACUCCAGCAUUGACAUCAUGAUGUCCAUUGCAUCCCUCUUGCACCUGGGUCUCAUAUCUGUUGACAGAUAUUUGGCCAUCUGUAAGCCUCUUCAGUACAGGACCUCAGUAACCAUGCACAAGGUAGCAGCCCUUAUUGGAAUCACCUGGAUGUUUUCCUUUGCAUUUGGGUUUGGGGUGAUUCUCUCCAAAGUCAAUCUAGUCGGUGUGGAGGAGUUGUUUAUAAAUUCUUGCACAGGCACCUGUAUUUUGUUUUUUAAUAAAGAAGGAGGAAUGAUGGCUGCUUUUGUGGGCUUCUUCAUUCCAGGCUCAGUGAUGAUAGCCCUCUACAUGAAGAUUUUCUAUGUUGCAAAAGUGCAAGCCAUAAAAAUCAAAUGCAGCUUGGCAAUAACAACAGCACAAUGUGAUAAAAAGUGCACGUCUGAACACAGAGAGAGAAAGGCUGCAAAGACCCUGGCUAUUGUACUGGGUGCUUUUCUGUUGUGCUGGUUUCCAUUCGUCAUGGUGCUCAUUAUUGAUCCAUUCUUCGAUUUUUCUACUCCUGCUGUUGUAUAUGAUGCUCUUGUAUGGUUGGGGUACUUUAAUUCUACCUGCAACCCUCUCAUUUAUGGAUUUUUUUAUCCCUGGUUUCAGAGAGUGUUUAAAAUUAUUAUAUCAGGGAAGGUUUUUCAGAAUGGCUCUUCAUUAUUAAAUAUUUAUUCAGAGAAUUAUUGAUACCAAAAGACACUUAACAGUUUCUCAUAUACAAUUAUAAAGAGAUCACAUUUUUGUCUUGGACAUUUUAUGCAGCUCUCAAACUUGUGAUUGCCCCUGGUUUUAGUGCUUUCUGGGACUUUCUGUAACUGUCAACCUUAAUGCAGCCAACAGUCAGACAAUAGAGAAUAUUUCCUGUUACACACACCCAGCCAUAGUAAUUAGAAAUAACCAAAUAAGAUGAAAUAUGAAUGAUAAAUAAGGCUGGGGUGUCUUUCACGGAAGUUAUGGGAGUCAUGGAUUCCAUGAUUUUUGUCAUUUUAUAGCUGUUGCGUGACUUCCUGUUUUUUCCAUUUCCACGAUUUCCCCCCUUUUAGUGCUUUCUGUGAUUUUUCGACAGUUUUGGAUGGUAACUGUCAACAAUAACAUUACAGUCUACAGUGUGAUUUGUUCAGGCCUAUGUAUUUUAAUAUUGCCAAAUGCUGGGAGAAACUAUGAAUGACAAUGUAUACAGAUUACGGAAUGUGCUGGGACCAAGUUUCCCAUCCUAAUCAGUUGUUGCAAUCAGAUGUUUGAUGGCUACUGUCAACAGUGUUGUUGCCCAGCACUCCUUCCCCUGUUUACAAUAACAUCCCCUGUCACUGACAACAGGCGCUUCAUCAAAGACUCAAACCUUGCAAUGUAGCCUACCACAUGUUGUACCAAAUCUUUACAGAAAAAUAAACAAACACAUGGUACCUGUGUUUUUCUUAUUUUUGUAAUGCAAAUUGCCCAUGCUCCCUUUCUAACAACAUUCUGUUAGAGGCAAA